AUGGCUUUUUCAGCAAAUGUGAUAAUCGCCUGCUUUUCAGUGGGAAUCUUGUACCUUGUACAGUUACAGGCACUACCGAUUCCAAGCGAAGCUCCUCUUGACAGUUCUGCUAUCGAUCUUGUAUUUGCCAACACCACUGUUGUCGAUACCCUUACUGAGUCGGAAUCUUCAAGAGUGAAAAGACAAGGUGGUGGCGGUUGUGGAUGUGGAUGCGGGUGUGGAUGCUGCUGUUGUGCUGCUGUACAUGCUGUAGAACUUGCUGCUGCACUCGAUGCUGUACAUGCUGUCGACCAUGCUGCUGCUGUGGUGGAGGCGGUGGAGGUGGCGGUUGCUGUGGAUGCGGUGGUGGCUGCGGUGGUGGCUGUGGCGGUGGAUGCUGUGGAUGCUGCGGUUGCGGAGCUGGCUGAUAAGAUCGAGAGAGAAGCGAGAACCACCCUUCCCAGUUUACCAAUCGCUUCUGAGCAGACCGAAGAGACCGAGCAUCUCGAGCAAUCCCAGCAGCCUAUUCAACCCGUCCAGUCUGCUUUGAAAGACAAAGAUCUCACUGAAACCACCCUUCCCAGGUUACCAGCCGCUUCUGAGCAGACCGAAGAGACCGAGCAUCUCGAGCAAUCCCAGCAGUCUAUUCAACCCGUCCAGUCUGCUUUGAAAGACAAAGAUCUCACUGAGUUCCCAUUCUCUAAGCCUGACGAAAAUGAGACUACCGAGUGGCCACAGCCGGUUUUUGAGCUAGUUACUGAGACCCUCGCCUAA